UAGGAGAUGGGAGGAGUAUAUAUGUGAAUAGAGAUCCAUGGAUUCCUCGUGAGACCAACGCCUAUGUGGAGGAUGGUGCUCCUUUUAUUCCUGAUGCUUUACGGGUGUGUGAUCUUUUUGUUGCAGGUGCGAGGAAAUGGGAUAUCUCGAAGAUCAUUCAUCUUUUUACUGUAAAUGAUAUGAGGAAAAUUUUGAGUAUCCCAUUAAGCUUUUAUACCCAUCAUGAUAAAUUAAUAUGGCAUUUUGACCGGAAAGGCCUUUACACUGUCAAAACUGCUUAUCAUGUAGCUUACCGUUUGCUUCGAUAUGGUGGUGGCGGUGCCGAUGUGCUAUGGAAGCAGAUAUGGAAGCUUAAUGUUUCCCCCAAAGUCCGCGAUUUUAUGUGGCAUAUGGGUCGUAAUGUGCUCCCCACUCGAGACAAUUUAUCGAAGAGGGGUGUUACUACUUCACUUCACUGUUUGUUUUGCCAGGAAUCUGAGAAUGGGGAUCAUGUACUGGUCAAGUGCUCCAUUGCGCAAGAGGUGUGGAGGCAGGCUGGUUUUCUUUUUGCUAAUAUAAAUUUGUCUUUUCAGGAACUGUUCAUUCAUAUAAUCUCUUCAAAGGGACAGCAACAUGCCGAGCUGAUGGCUACCGUUGCAUGGAGUUUAUGGGCUGCUAGGAAUGCUAUGUUGUGGUCCAAUGUCUGGUCGAACCCUUGGCAAAUUUCUCAUACUGCUCGCCUGCUUCUAGAUGAUCGAACCCUUGCUUCAUCACAAGCAGCAACGGCAAUAACACACGCUGCAUAUGCUCCUGCCCAACCAGCCCAUAUUGAACAUCCAGCUAAUUGGCUUGCUUAUGUUGAUGGUACAGUUUUUCGGGCAACGGAUUUUGUGGGUUUUGGCUUGGCUAUUGAGGACGCUGAAGGUCAUUUUUCGUUAGCUAUUUCGGGCUUUCAGGAAGGUGGUGAUGAUCCGUUGAUUGUGGAAGCUCUUGCAUUGAGGCAAUGUUUGCUUUACGUCUCUGUUUCUUUACUUGAUCCUGGUUGCAUUUUUACUGAUUGUCAAUCUUUAUAUUUGUCUUUGAACUCAAUGAGUGAGGAUAGUUUUAAUUUUGGGUUGAUUGUAUCGGAUUAUAAGACCUUGCUUCUUACUAGGCCAGAUAUUACAGUUUUUUGGAUUAGACGCACAGAGAAUGAGUGUACCCAUCUGUUAGCGCGUAACUCUAUUCGCCAUAGUAGGUUUCAACUAUGGGUUAAUAUCCCGGAUGUAUUGAUUGAGUUCUAUUCUCAACUAUAA